AUGGAGAUGGCGGAAGUUGGCAAUGUCAUGCAUCAUUGCAACAACGUUUUCAACACCAGCGCCAAGCUCAGCAGUAUCGGCGCCAAGAUGGAGGAUGAGGACAUGGAGAUCUGCUUGUUGUGCAGCCUCCCCAAGAGCUAUGAGAACGUCGUGCUGAACUUGGAGAUGAGCAGCGCGGAACUGCGGACGCAAGACGUCGUGAAAGUGCUUACGAAUGAGAACAUCAAGAGACAACGAAACAAGACGACAUUGGUGAAGACUGAAGAAGCGACCAAGGCCUUCAGCACCGAGCGUGCAUUCCGUCAAUGUACGUUCUGCGGGAGAUUGGGGCACACGGUGGAAAAGUGCUGGACCAAACAGAGGAAGACGACCGAGGAGAUCGACGCAGCGGCAACAAGGGCCGUGCCAUUGGGAUCAUGGACGCGGAGCAAAUCAAUUCCAAAGGCACGGCUACAACGGCAAAGGCAACAACUCCGACCAUGA